AUGGAGAAAGGAAAGAAGCGUACGAACUAUCCUUGUGAUGGAUGCUCGCUUCGCCUCCUUCUUCCGGACCGUGGCUCGACGCAAAGUCCCAGAUCACCGUCAACUUCCGGUGUGGAGAACGAGAGUGCUACCCAGCAAAAAUCUUUGCAGGUUUACAUCGAAUACUUGGAUAAGUUUCGAGACCAUCUAACAUGUGUUUGGCCCGUCGUCAACGUGGAAUCACUCAAGUCCCGCAUCAGUGGUUCGCUGGAUGAUCACGAUGCAUGGGCAUUAGCUGGAGCCAUAUGUGCUACGCAUAAUCUGGUCUCCGAUGACAACAAUGUCGCAGAAAGCUUUGCACAUCAUGCUCAACGCUCGCAUAAUUUGAGCAACCAGCAUCAUCAAAGCACUCACUACAAGGAAGACACAACGGAGUCCCUACUGACUGCGUUCUUCCUACACGUUUACUUUGCCAAUACAGAACGCAUCAGAAUAGCUACAGUAUACUUACACGAGGCGAUUGCUCAGUUACAUCUGCAAAGCCUGCACCGUCCAGAAAUCCUGGUCAGUCUCGAAGAGGAACAAAGAGAAUUGCUCUUACGCAUCUUCUGGCUGGUGUUCGUGACAGAGAGAACCUUCUGCGUCCAGAAUUGUUUCCCACCAUGCCUCAAGCCGAUCCAGACUUUUCCGCUUUCCGAAUUUCACAUCCAAGGAGCCGGCGAAGUAGACGCUUCCUUCCAACUCCUCGCUCAACUCUUCACCCUCCUCGACGACAACAUAAUCGUAGCGGCAGACAGAGGGGGAGUCCCCCCCGACUCCAACGCAGCCGAAAACCUCUACAGCGCCCUCUCGGCCAUGGCCAAGCAAGACUUCUCGACCCUGGCCCCCUACCUCCCAGAGACGCAGCGAGUCAACGUGCUGAUGACGGGGAACUGGAUCCACAUCCUCUGGUGGCAGUUCGCCCUGAGCCACUACCAGAUGUCUAGCCGCAUGGACGAUGCAAUGCUCUCCAUGUUGAAGCCCGCCAAGGUUGCUCACGAGACCAUGCGCCUGCUCGGGUCUGUUUCUCAGCAGGCCAUUAGGACCCACGGAUAUGGACUAGAGCUAAAAGUCUUUCGUAUUGCCGAUGCUCUCAUCGACAUCCUGGCUUGCAACACGUGGCUUUCUAGUUUGCAACCCGGAUGCAAUAGCAUGCUUCUGGGAGCCAGGGACGUACUGCGUUCUCUUCAGAAAGCUCUUUUGCUUAUUGGUUGGCCAGAGUCUUUGUUUCAUAAGAAGCUGAUGCUGGUCAUGGCCGAAUCACAAUUAGCGGUUCCUGAUGUCAAGGCUUUGACGACGUGCGAGGAAGAAGAAUGCGUUGAUUAUUCGUAGAAGAUACCAAUACCAUUAAUUCACCCG